AUUAUUUCCUUCGUUCUGCUAAAAUGGGAACCUUAACUAUAAACCUGGCGAUGCCACAUAGCACUCAAUCAGUCAAAUCCCACCACGUCGCGGUAGUCGGAGCCGGAGCCGCCGGCCUCGUAGCGGCGAGGGAGCUCUUCCGAGAGGGUCACUCUGUGGUCGUAUUCGAACGCGGGAACGAAAUCGGCGGUACUUGGGUCUACACCCCUCAUGUGGAGCCCGAUCCAUUGGGACUCGACCCAAAACGACCCAUCGUUCACUCUAGCCUCUACAGCUCUCUUCGGACUAAUCUCCCUAGGGAGGUUAUGGGGUAUGUGGACUUUCCCUUCGUGACCCGACCCGGUAAGAGUAGGGAUCCAAGGAGGUACCCUGGUCAUAGGGAAGUGUUAAUGUAUCUGAAGGAUUUUGCCAGAGAGUUUGGGGUUGAGGAAAUGGUGAGAUUCGAGACGGAAGUGGUUAAAGUCCGAAUUUUGGAGAACGGGAAAUGGAAUGUCCAGUCCAAGAAGACGAGUUGUUUCAUUAAUGAGAAUGAAAAGAAAAACAAUUACAAUGAUGAUGUUGACAUUAUUAGUAAAAGUACAGUUGAAUUUGAUGAGAUUUAUGAUGCUGUAGUAGUCUGCAAUGGACACUACACUCAGCCUUGUGUUGCCGAAAUUCCAGGCAUCAAUUCAUGGCCCGGAAAGCAAAUGCAUAGCCACAAUUACCGCACUCCUGAACCCUUUAGAGAUCAAGUUGUAAUUCUAAUAGGGAGUUCUUCGAGUGCUGUUGACAUAUGUAGGGACUUAGCUGCAGUUGCCAAAGAAGUACAUGUUGCAUCUAGAUCAGUGGCAGAUGAAACAUAUACAAAACAGCCUGGAUAUGAUAAUUUAUGGUUUCAUUCCAUGAUAGAUAAUGCCUGUGACGAUGGCGGAGUGGUUUUCCGAAAUGGAAAAGUGGUGCUUGCUGGUGUCAUUAUGCACUGCACCGGGUACAAGUAUAACUUCCCUUUCCUUGACACAAAAGGCAUUGUGACUGUAGACGAUAAUCGUCUCGGGCCACUGUAUAAGCACGUUUUUCCCCCAGUGUUAGCCCCAUACCUUUCAUUUAUUGGGAUACCAUGGAAGAUUGUUCCAUUCCCCUUGUCUGAGUUGCAAAGCAAAUUGGUUGCUGGUGUUUUGUCGGGUCGAAUUACACUUCCAUCGCAGAAAGAGAUGACAGAAGAUGUUAACUCAUUUUACUCGACACUUGAGGCUUCUGGUAUACCAAAGCGGUAUACUCAUUGCAUUGGUGAAUCUCAGUUUGAGUACAAUAACUGGCUUGCUGCACAAUGUGGUUGUCAAGGUGUUGAAAAAUGGAGAAAGCCAAUGUACACUGCGGCUUCUGCAAAUCUGCGUCUUCGACCAGAGACGUACCGUGAUGAAUGGGAAGAUCACGAUCUGGUUUUGGAAGCAUAUGAGGACUUCGUUAAGCACACCUCAACAUCAAACCUUUAAGGGAGCGUUUGGUUCGAGGUAUCUCACAUUACCAGGGGGAAUAUAAUGUGAUUCUCCCGUUUGGUUCACAAACAUUCUCAACCCCGGUAAUAAGUUAUUCCCAACAGUAGUAUUUUGAAGGUAUAUUAUCGGGAAUGUGAUUUACCUCUUCUCUUAGGUAUUGUUAUAUUUUCGGUGUUUUGGACUAAAAUGCUCUUAAUUUUUUUUUCCAAAAAUAUUUUUCUUCUGUCGUUGAA